AUGGCUGCACCAAGCAAAAGUCGGCUCAGUGUCCUAAUCAUCAAUCCAAAUACAUCCACGCACAUGACGGAUGCAUUGAAACCUAUAGUGGACAACCUCGGGUUUGCAGAUGUUCAAUUUGACUACUUGACGGCUCCGAAUGAGUCAGUCACCCUUGAAGAUGGGCGUGUAAUAGAUGGCGUGCCGAGUAUCAACUCAGGCGAGGACUCUGCUACAUCGGCAUUGCACUGCAGACCCUUUGUGGAGCCCCUUAUUCCCAAAUACGAUGGGUUUCUCGUGGCAUGUUAUUCGGCUCAUCCCCUCGUUGGAAUGCUGAAGGAAGCCAUCACGAAGUUCGAAAGUUCGGCCCUGUCAGGGGACUCGAAACCAAAGAGGAAGUACGUUACGGGUAUCUUCGAAGCGAGUGUUCUCAUGUCGCUGUCCUUGGUUGGCUCGUUUCACAUGGUUGGAGGUGCGGGCCUGCACAAAACGCAAUCCAAGGAAAUGUUCGGAAUUAUUUCUACGGGCAGCAUCUGGCGGGAUGAGCUAAGCCGUGCUGUUGAAGCAUUCCUUGUGAAUUCUGAUGAUAAUACAACGUCGACCAAUCGUUUUGCUGGUGUAGAGACGACCGGUCUAACCGCCGUUGAACUGCAUACCACGCCAGCCGAGGAAGUGAGGAGGAGGAUCAGCGAGGCGACACGAAGGCUUAUCCAGACCGCUCCACACCCGCUCACGGCAAUCUGCAUGGGAUGUGCUGUCGGCAGCCAAUUCUGGCAACAGCUUUGCCAGGAGCACGGAAUAAGCCAGGAUGGGAACCUAGAGGAGUUUGCUACCGAGGGCGGUGAUCGCAAGGAUGUCUUCUUCUACCAGAGUGAUGAUACCCGGUAUAUUCCCCGAGCGAUCUUGCUGGACCUGGAACCCAGAGUCCUCAAUACGAUUCAAACCGGUCCGUAUCGCAACAUCUACAAUCCUGAGAACUUCUUCGUGGGACAGCAGGGUGUUGGCGCAGGUAAUAACUGGGGUGCUGGGUAUUCGGCGGGUGAGAGUGUGCAAGAGGAUAUCUUCGACAUGAUUGACCGCGAGGCCGAUGGUAGUGACUCGCUAGAGGGAUUCAUGUUUCUGCAUUCUAUUGCAGGAGGCACCGGGUCUGGAAUGGGAAGUUUCAUCUUGGAACGGAUGAACGAUCGAUUUCCGAAAAAGCUGAUUCAAACAUACUCCGUCUUUCCCGAUACUCAAGCGGCAGAUGUUGUGGUCAACCCGUACAAUAGUAUACUUGCCAUGAGGAGGUUGACACAGAACGCUGACUCUGUGGUGGUUCUGGAUAACGGAGCUCUUUCAAGGAUCGUUGCCGACAGACUUCAUGUGCUGCAACCUUCGCUCCAGCAAACGAAUCAGCUUGUCUCAACUGUUAUGUCUGCAUCCACUACCACCCUCCGUUAUCCUGGUUACAUGCACAAUGACCUUGUCGGGAUCGUCGCUUCUCUUAUCCCUACGCCACGUAGUCACUUCUUGAUCACCUCCUACACGCCAUUUACUGGUGACAAUAUUGAACAAGCCAAGACGGUCCGCAAGACGACCGUGCUGGACGUGAUGCGUCGUUUGCUGCAACCCAAGAACCGCAUGGUUUCAAUCAACCCCAGUAAAUCCAGUUGCUAUAUUAGUAUCCUCAACAUUAUCCAGGGUGAAGCCGAUCCCACCGACGUGCACAAGUCCCUGCUCCGUAUCCGCGAGCGGCGACUGGCAUCUUUCAUUCCUUGGGGCCCAGCUAGUAUCCAGGUCGCACUGACGAAAAAGUCACCGUACAUCCAGAACACCCACCGUGUCAGCGGACUGAUGCUGGCGAACCACACAUCGGUGGCAACGUUGUUCAAGCGGAUCGUCCAACAGUACGAUCGACUGCGGAAGCGAAACGCUUUCAUCGAGCAGUAUCGGAAAGAGGCCCCAUUCAGCGAUGGAUUUGGGGAAUUUGAUGAGGCCAGGGCUGUGGUCAUGGACCUCAUUGGAGAGUACGAGGCGGCGGAGAAGGAGACCUACCUUGACCCAGAUUCCGGGAAAGAGAAGGAGAUGGGGGUAUAA